CGUAGGUAUUCAACGCGGCUCAUAAUAGUAGGAUGCAACGCUGAUAUUAUGGAUUCCGGUAGCAACUUGGUCGCAGACGAUAGACUCGUUUUUGCGCUAGAUCCUCAAACUGUAUAUCAGUAUGAUUUGCGUACGGCGCGGGCAACUAUGCGCCCUCGGGGACACAAAGUUUUGUCUGUUUUGCCGACCUUAAAGAGUAAUGAACGUCUGCAUGCACCAUUACGAGCCCGAUUGCGUCCAUUGCUAGCAGAAUCUACAUCAGGGCAGCACAACGAGACAAGACCGGUGUCCCUCAAGCAUUGCAGUACCAGGGUAGAAACAAAGUUACCAAUUCAUGAGUCGCGGCAGCUAGCUGAGCUAUCGGAUGACGAAGACUUUAAGAUUGCACAGCUGGGUCUGACGACAGGAGAAGACGCGGUAAAUUAUUUCACUACCGCAAGCAAGGACUCGCACGUCAAGUUCGUGCAUCUUGUUCCAGCGGCCGACGGUUUAGAGCUCAACCCUUAUCUGUUGGUAGUAGUUCCUUUCAGUGCUGCCCUUUCGCGUGGCGAAUACUUCACCAUGUCCCAAACUGGUCUCGUUCGUUGUGUCCAGAGCAACGGUGUAAGCGAGACAGAAUGUGUAUCAAUGAACGAAUGGGUACGACAUUCCACAUUUUUUAACAUUCUACGAAGUAUACCGUAUUUCAAGUUGUUUGUUCGGCUAAAGAUAUUCCGCCAAUGGCACGCUAAUGUGCGCCGGAAACUUUUUGUACGGCAACAGCGCUAUUUGAGAAGCAGACUGCUCUUGGCUCGUGCCAUUCUUUGCCAACCAAUAAUUGAGCUAAAGACGAAGAUCUAUGAGCUCAGGAAGGCAUCCUUCAUCGCACCAUUAUCCCACAAUCGUCUUCAAAGCAAAACACUCUUGAUAUUUAUAGAACAACAGUUGGUCGCAAAAAAGGAGGCAAUGUUUACGUGUGAAAGGAUAAUGAAACGGGUAAUAGAUAUUACAGGCGUAGCUUGCGAAUCAGUAAAAUCACUCCAAUACACCAAAGACAAAUCUGCUAGUUCCCCUAAAGAGCUAUGUACUCUUUUGUUAUCUAAACUGGAGGAGGGCGGGACUAGAGGCCCGUCCAUUAACAGCGAAAUUGAGGAAAGACGAGCCCAUAGGCGAUUGGUUGCCAGUGCUUCGAAAGAUCGAGGGCUGCUCACUAAUUUUGUGCGCCUAGUAGAUUGCAUUAUGGUGGAAACCGUCAUAUCUAAUGUAAUGCUCAGCUUCACCGAAACCUUGCUGGCUAAUCUCGUGGAUACUCGACACAAGGUUGGGUUGUUUGAGGUCAUGCUUGGAUUUGAGCUUACAGGAACGACGUUCUCCCCAAUGCUCUCUGAUUUUCUGGACAUGUCACAGCGCGUCACUGACGAUGUCAUAGCCGAUUUAUGUCGCAUUCCACGUGUCCUAGACUCUCGAAGUUGUGUCGAGCAUUGUCCCUGGACUUCCUUUGCGUCGAAAUUCGAUGAAGUUAUUUAUUCUCUCCCUCUUUUUCGUCGCUUCGUGGACGCGUUGCGCAACAAGUUUCGUUUAGAUUUCAAGCUUGCAAUGCACAAAGCGGCGGUUUUUGAUUCAGUGAGGCCAAUCUACGAAGAAUCGAGGAAUUUCAUUCCGCGCGUGUAUCGGUCAAAAGCAAGAACAUUUUCUGAGCUGCAAAUUGAAUUCGAGCAGAUCUGUGCCUGGCAGCAGGAGCUAGACAGGAUGCGAGCUCGCGAAUCUUCUGGGACAAUCGAAGCUACGUCGCGGCAUCUCAAGCAGACGCUGCUACCCUUUGUCGAAGCAAAGCAGGGUCUGCUUAAGAGUAUAAUCAGAGAUGAGGCACGUGUUCAGUGUUCAAAUUUGCGGACGAUGCUAAUGAUGCGUGUUGAAGUUCUUGAGGCAAUUCCAAAAAAUCUCGAUGACUUUGCUAGCUAUCUUGAACAGACAGGAGCAUACGACGAACAAGAGAUUAGCCGCAUUAGAGGACCUGUGGACCGAAUGUACUCACUACUUCAAAUAAAUGAAGUUAAGGUCCCGCCUGAUGAUCUUGUUGCAUUGGAUGAAAUGCACAGCCUCGCGGCUCGAUACAGCAAGCAGCUUGUCGCUGCUCAGACCUUCAAGGAGAACGAGCAUGCAAAUCAGAACGAACAACUUGAUAAGGACAUUGUAGCUCUAAACUCUGACCUGUCGGUGGUUACGACUGAAAUCAUGUCAGGCAAUUUUGUCGAUGUCAUGCAUUUUGAUGAUCCAGAGAUGCCCGUUAUCAAAAGGGAGCUAGCAGCGAUGCACUACCGUUUGGAACAGCUCGCCACGCGCGCUCAAACAUAUGCCAGCUACAAAGAGUUGUUUGGACUUCACGCAGAUGAAUUCCCCCAAUUAAACAAAGCAACAGACCGGCUGAGACUUGUCGACAGGCUCUGGACUUCAAUCGCUGACUGGCACGCUUCCUAUUCUAUUUGGAUGCGUGGAGAUCUGACGACGCUUGACGCGGAAGAAGUUGACAGUAAAAUGCAGGUCCUCCAGGCCGACGCAUUUUCGCUCAAUCGCAAGGUGAACUCUCCCGUGACAGAGAAAUUUGUGCUGGUUAUUGACGAGUUCAAGCCAGUCAUGCCCCUAAUCGUGGACCUCGGGAAUCCGGCCAUGCAGUCAAGGCACUGGGAGCAGCUAUGCAAGGCGAUGGGAAAGAAUUUUGAUCCUAGCACAACAUUCAGUCUCGAGGACUUCCUCGCAUGGGGCAUCACCAGCCACGCGGAACUAGCGAGCGACGUAAGCAGUACUGCGUCCGGAGAGUUCCAAUUGGAGAAGGGUUUAGCAAAAAUGGAGACUGCCUGGGAAACGCUUGCCUUUGUUACCAAAGAAUGGCGGACGAGCUACAUUCUGGUCAGCACGGAUGAAAUCCAGCAGGAGCUUGAUGACCAGAUUGUAAAAACACAGGCCAUGCGGGGCUCUAGCGCAUCUCAGCGUCCUAAACAUCUUGCGAGGCCGCCCAAGGCGACGGUCUGAUCAGAAACUCCGCACGCGUGUGUGCGUUGAGUUUCUCGAUGUAUAGCACACUCACGCCACCGUCCUCUCGCAGGAUUUGUGAAACCCUUUCUAAAUAGAACGACGGCCUAUGAGUCAACUCUCGUCCUGUUGCAGGAUAUUAUUGACAACUGGUUGAAAGUGCAAGCCGCCUGGCUUUACCUAGAGCCCAUCUUCUCCUCGGACGACAUAAUGAAGCAGAUUCCUACCGAAGGUCGCUUGUUCAAGACGGUGGAUGCGACUUGGAUCGAUUCGAUGGCGCAAACAGCACAAGAGCCCGCCUUGUUAUCCGUGGUGCGGCGACCGAACCUGCUUGAAAGUCUGAUUGAUGCAAACGUCAAACUGGAGAUCAUCCAAAAAGGACUCUCUGACUACCUGGAGACUAAAAGACUGGCGUUCCCGAGAUUCUUUUUCUUGUCGCUGCCUGCGCGAAAAUCACCGUUCUUUCUCUGUCCGGAGAGUAGGCGGAAUAACCGCGUUCUGUCGGGUCAGUAUCGACGCGACGUUUUACUCUCCACGGUGGCAUCGUCGAGCCCCACGCCAUCGACGCAACACGGUCGCGUGUCACUGUUUGAUUUAUACGCAGGUCGAACGACGAACUCCUCGAGAUCCUGGCUGAAACAAAAGACCCGACAAAAGUCCAACCGCAUUUGAAGAAGUGUGCGGACUCAGCGUCCCUGAAGCUGCCGUCAACUUGGGAACAGUGCAUGAAUCACACACGCCAUCGAGGUGGCUUCCUCCAAACUUCAUGCCAAAAAAGAGAUCACCGUGGACUCUCGGGACAGUGCCCACGCAGGCUUCGACGGCGUCGCUGCACUCGAAUUCACCGACCGCCUGGACAUUUUGUCGUGUUACGACGGCCCCGUAGAUCGGAGUGAACGUCUAGAGUUCUCGUACGGUCCGUGCCAUCACAGACCAAUUAAUCCGCGAGACAGCGGAGGUAACGUCGAGAAGUGGCUCGUAGAAGUGGAGAGCAUAAUGAAAAAGUCUCUCGCGUUUGCAAUAGACGAGUCUUUAGUUGACUACGCAAGGGCCAAGAGAUCGGACUGGCUUCAGAGCUGGCAAGGUCAGACCGUGCUCACGGUGAAUCAGAUUACGUGGGUUGUUGCUGUUGAGGCGGCUAUCAUCCAAGGUGGAAAUGCGAUGGAGGUCCUUUAUGAACAACGGCGCGGCGAGCUCCUUGACGUCGUUAAGUCUGUCCGCGGCAAUAUAUCCAAGAUGCUUCGGAACACCCUCGGUGCAUUAGUAGUGAUGGACGUACACAAUCGCGACAUCACCGAAUGGUUGUCAGAAACAUCAAUCUGUGCCGUGUCCGAAUUUGACUGGCAGGCGCAGCUGCGGUACUACUGGGCCGAUGCUGGCGCGUCGUCGCAAACGGGCAGGCCAGAGACCAUUUCUUGCCGCAUGAUCAAUGCCAUGAUCUUAUAUGCAUAUGAGUACAUAGGGAACUGCGGAAGGCUUGUGAUUACACCCUUGACAGAUAGAUGCUACCGCACGCUGAUGGGCGCUAUUCAUCUCAACUUAGGUGGAGCUCCUGAGGGUCCCGCAGGCACCGGUAAAACGGAGACCACCAAAGAUUUGGGCAAAGCCAUCGCUAUUCAAUGUGUGGUGACGAACUGCUCGGACGGGCUGGACUAUAAAGCGAUGGCCAAGUUCUUCAAGGGGCUAGCCGCCUCUGGUGCCUGGGCCUGUUUUGAUGAGUUCAACCGUAUUAUCCUAGAAGUUUUGUCUGUCGUGGCGCAGCAAGUGCUGACCAUUCAGCAAGCAAAAGCGAGGCAGGCGGAGCGGUUCAUGUUCGAGGGCACGGACCUCCCUCUGCGAAUGACUUGUUGUCCUUUCAUCACGAUGAACCCUGGCUAUGCCGGUCGAGCGGAACUCCCGGACAACCUCAAAGUACUCUUUAGGACUGUGGCGAUGAUGGUGCCGGACUACGCGAUGAUCGGCGAGAUCAUCCUGUACUCCAUGGGGUAUACCGAUGCGAAAGCCAUGGCCGUCAAGAUCGUUACGACCUACAAAUUGUGCAGCGAGCAGCUCAGUGCGCAGUCGCACUACGACUAUGGCAUGCGCGCCGUCAUCGCGGUUCUCAGGGCUUCGGGCAAUUUGAAACGAAGCGAGGGCCACCUUCCGGAGGACAUCUUGGUUUUGAGAGCCAUUAUUGAUGUCAAUGCGCCGAAGUUUUUAGCACCGGACGUGCCCCUGUUCAACGGCAUCACGUCUGACUUGUUCCCGGGCGUCAAAUUGCCGGAGCCGGACCGCCAGGCCAUGCAGUCGAAGUCAAACGAAAGUUGCGUCGAGCGCAACCUGCAACUCACGGACUACUUCUGGGGCAAGAUUGUGCAGAUCUACGACAUGAUGGUCGUGCGGCACGGCUUCAUGAUCGUCGGGGCGCCGUUCUCGGGCAAGACGUCCGCUUAUAGAGUCUUAGCCGACGCCUUAAGUAAGCUACACGCAGAAUUCCCGGAAGAUGGCAGAUGGACCGAUGUGGUACCUUUUGUGAUGAAUCCCAAGAGUGUCACGAUGGGCCAGCUCUACGGGUGUUUUGAUCCAGUCUCGCACGAGUGGACGGAUGGCAUCCUCGCGAUCCAGUACCGCAACGCGGCCCAAUCAAAAGUGGGCAAACCGGAAGAUCGCAAGUGGGUCCUGCUGGACGGGCCCGUCGACGCGAUCUGGAUCGAGAACAUGAACACGGUCCUGGAUGAUAAUAAGAAGUUGUGCCUGAUGUCCGGUGAAAUUAUUGCGAUGUCCGACGUCAUGAGCAUGAUCUUUGAACCGAUGGACUUAUUAGUAGCAUCCCCAGCAACUGUCAGUAGAUGCGGCAUGGUCUACAUGGAGCCCGAGCAAUUAGGGCUACGGCCGCUGUGGGAGUCCUGGGUCGUUGGGUGGACGGUUGGCGGCUACUAUCACCAAGAACGCGGAGACGAACCGCCGCCCUUUGAACUGAAGGAGGAGGAACAAGUCCAUUUGACGGCGUUAUACGACUGGCUCGUCGAGCCGUCCAUGGCCUUCCUGCGGAGGACCUGCAAAGAGAUGUCUCCUACGGUGGAUUCGGCGCUGCUUACCUCGCUCUUGGGUUUGCUGCGAUGUCUACUAGCAGCAGCGAUCCCGGGCCCGCACGACGCCAACACGGAGGAGGGGGGCAAUUUUCGGAAAAAACAGCUCGAGUGUUGCUUCCUGUUCGCGCUGUUCUGGUCUACCGGUGUCACCUCGGACGCUGCCGGGAGAGAAAAAUACUCGCUCUUUGUGCGCGAGGUCAUGAAGGACGUCGAUGUCAUUGAUGAAAAGUAUGGUGGUGUCGCAACUGCACUAGCUGUCCGCAAGUGGCGGAAGCCGGACUACAAGAAUUGCGAGGACAAGACGGCCUUUUUAGUCCAGACAGACGAGGGGAAUUUGCAGGACUGGUGUUAUGAUCCAAGGAAGGGCAAGUGGGUCAGCUGGGUCCAGACCCUAGCUAAGUUUACGAUCCCAGAUGACGCUGAAUUCAGCACAAUUAUGGUGCCCACUGCUUGCACUGCCCAGCUAUCGUACAUGUGUCGCACUUUGCUCACCCAUGGGUUAAGACCGCUGGUCUGCGGCCCGACCGGAACGGGCAAAUCUGUAUCCGUCAUCAAGUGCGUCACGGAGGAGUUGGAUCAAUCCAAGUACAAGCCCAUUCAGUUAGGAUUCUCUGCAAAAACCUCCGCAACAAUGACCCAAGACAUCAUCGACGGCCAGCUAGGUAAAAGGCGAAAAGGCGUUUUUGGCCCGCCCAUGGGGCAAACGGCCAUAGUCUUCGUGGACGACAUGAACAUGCCUGAAGUUGAAACUUAUGGGGCACAACCACCGAUAGAAUUGCUGCGGCAGCUCGUGGACUGCGGCGGCUACUACGACCUGAAAGAAAAAUCGUGGGUGGACAUCGUGGACACGCAGGUCUGCUGCGCAAUGGGCCCGCCCGGUGGGGGAAGGAACGGUACUACUCCUCGCUUCUUGAGGCAUUUUUCCCUACUCUGUGUGGAUUCAUUUGACGACGAUACUCUCACAUUAAUUUUCAGCACGAUUGUGAAGGCCUACUUCAUGCGCGGCUACUCUGGCGACGUGUGCCAGCAGGCGGGCAAUGUCGUAGACGCGACAAUGCGAACUUACAGGGAAGCCAUGAAGGGUCUACUCCCUACACCUUCUAAAUCUCACUACACAUUCAAUUUGCGGGACUUCUCGCGCGUGGUCCAGGGUGUGUUACUCCAAGCCCCGUCGGGCGAGUUCGCUAACAAGUCCAGCGUGAUGAGAUUGUGGACCCACGAAGCUUUGAGAGUCUUUGGGGAUCGUUUAACAGACGAUAACGAUCGGAAGUGGAUGUGCGCCCACGCUGCGACCAUGUGCAAGGAGAUCUUCAGGUGCGACUUCCAAUCGGAGUUCGAGCAUAUUCGACCCGCGGACGAGACGGAGACGGGCUACGGCACGCUCCGAAGACUGUUCUGGGGUGACUACAUGACUCCGGCCGACGAGGACGAUAGGCCGUAUGUGGAGGUUCGCGAUCUCCAGUUACUACAAAACCGGACCGAGGACUCGCUCGCGGAGUUCAACCAAACGUCCAAGAAGCCCAUGGAGCUCGUCAUGUUCAUGUUCGCCAUUGAGCAUGUCUCGCGAAUCGCAAGAGUCCUGCGGAUGCCUGGUGGCAACGCUCUACUUGUCGGUGUCGGCGGUUCGGGCAGACAAAGUCUCAGUAUCUUAGCGACAGAGAUGGCUGGCUACGCCCUGUUCCGCAUAGAAAUCACGAAAUCCUACGGCAUGGCCGAGUGGAGAGACGAUCUUAAAAAAGUACUUAUUGAGGCGGGGUCUGGCGAUCGGCCCUUAGUGUUCUUGUUCUCGGACACGCAAAUUGCUAAGGAAGGGUUUGUCGAGGACAUUAACAACAUGCUGAACGCGGGCGAGGUGCCCAACAUCUUUGCAAGUGAUGAAAAGGUCGCCAUCUGCGAGAAAGUCGGGCCUUUUGCCAAAGAGCAAUUUGGCCGAGCUGCCGGCGACAUGACGCCUCUUCAGCUCUAUGCGUAUUUCAUUCAGCGGGUCAAGCAGUACCUGCACAUCAUCCUGGCGUUUUCGCCCAUCGGCUCCGCCUUCCGAGAUCGACUGCGAUUGUUCCCUUCCUUAGUAAACUGCUGCGCCAUCGACUGGUUCACGGCCUGGCCCGGGGACGCGCUCCUAGCCGUAGCGGAGAAGUUCCUCAAGGAAGUCAAGUUGGAUGACGAAGUAAGGCCGGCCAUCGUCGACAUGUGUAUGACCUUCCACACGAACGCGCAUGCCCUGGCGGCGGAAUUCCUCACAGAACAAGGGCGGAUCACCUACGUCACUCCUACAUCGUACCUAGAGUUGAUUGUGGCGUUCAAGCUUGCUCUAGCCGAGCAACGGGAAAAAAUAACAGCGGGCAAGGACCGCUACCAGAACGGUCUCAAACAAUUGGCGGGAGCCGAGGAGAACGUCGCGACGAUGCAGGUCGAACUCACGGACCUCCAGCCGGUGCUGGCGGAGGCUCAGGUCGCGACGGACGCGUUGAUGGAGGAGAUCGAGGCGAAGCUGCCGGGGGUGCGAGAGCAGGAGGAAGUCGUCGGCGCGGAGGCGGCGGUCGCGCAGAAGGAGGCCGAUGCCGUCCAGAUCGAAGUGGACGCGGUGCAAGCUGACUUAGAUGAAGCGUUGCCGGCGUUAGAAAGUGCGGUCCAAGCCUUGAAUACGAUCAACGACAAGGACAUCGACGCCGUGCGGAAAUUGUCGAAACCGCCAGCCACGGUCAAGUUGGUAGCAGAAGGUGUUUGUGUGAUGCUCGGCGAGAAGCCGGUCAAGAUCCCGGACCCCGAGGAUAGUUCGAAGAAGAUCAUGGACUACUGGGCGCCGUCCCAGAAGAUGAUGGGCGACAAGGGCUUCAUUCCCCGGCUCAAGGAAUAUGAUAAGGAUAACAUCAGCCCGAAGAUCAUGAAGACAAUACGGACGACCUACAUGCCCAACGAGAAGUUCAACGCUGAGAGUGCGGCCAAAGCGUCAAGUGCCGCAGCCGGGCUCUGCAAAUGGGUCCUGGCCAUGGAAUGUUUUGAUCUGUGCGGGAGAUCAGGUUUUUGUGGUUCCUUCGAUUUGUGAUUUCAGUGGUAGUCGAUCGCUUUCUCGUACCGAUCAUCGGUGGUUGUUGAUUUCUACACAGGUUAUGAUCGAGUUGCAAAAGUGGUUGCUCCCAAGAAAGAAGCCCUGGAGAAAACGCAGGCUGCUUUAGCUAUCACGAUGGGCGAGCUUAACGAGAAGAAGGCUUCUCUAAAGGUCGUCCAGGACGACCUCGCAUCGCUACAGGCCAAUUUAGCUGGGGCUGAGCAGAAAAAGGCGGAACUGUUGAAUCAAGUCGACCUGUGCGGGAAGAAGUUGGUGCGUGCGAAGCAAUUAAUUGAAUCACUGGGCGGAGAAAAGACGAAGUGGGGCAUCUUCGUCGAGGAGCUGGACGCGGCCUAUGUUAACUUGACGGGCGAUGUGCUGGUGAGCGCCGGUUUGAUGGCUUAUUUAGGACCAUUUACGUCCACCUUCCGACAAAGACAAAUGGGCGAGUGGAUCGCCACAUGCAAGAAAUUAAAUAUACCUUCAUCCGAGAAACCGACGCUGAUCAACACGCUUGGGGACGCUGUGAAGAUAAGACAGUGGAACAUUGAAAACUUACCCACGGACGACUUUUCGGUGGAGAACGCCAUUACUAUUUUCGCGGCGCGCAGAUGGCCGCUCAUGAUCGACCCGCAGGCGCCGACUCGACGUGAAAAGUGAGCUUCAACUUGAGGCGGUCGUUGUGAUGGUGUCAUCAUGAAGCCACCGUGACACCGUCUUCAUGAUCGCGAGAGAGUUCACGUGUCGCGAGGGAGCUGCGGCACUUUCGCGAAGGCGUCGUUCCACGCAGGGCCAAGCUAAUAAAUGGAUCCGGCAGAUGGAAGCCCCAAACAAACUUAACGUACUCAAAAUGUCUGGGGAAUAUAUGAGAAAUAUGGAGACGGCCAUCCAGUACGGCUUUCCCGUGCUGUUGGAGGACGUCGGGGAAGUCCUCGACGCCACGCUCGAACCCUUGCUCCUCAAACAAAUAUUCAAGCAGGGCGGCAUGGAUUGUAUUCGGUUGGGUGAUGCGACAAUCGAAUACUCGGAAAUGUUCCGCUUCUACAUUUGCACUAAGCUAAGAAACCCCCACUACGUGCCGGAGAUUAGUGUCAAGGUCGCGCUCCUAAACUUCAUGAUCACGCCACAGGGCCUACAAGAUCAACUGUUGGGUGUUGUCGUAGCUAGAGAACGCGCCGAUUUAGAAGAAAAGAAGAACGAAUUGGUGUUGGAGGGCGCGGAGAAUAAACGAAAGCUCAAGGAGAUCGAGGACCAAAUUCUCGAAAUUCUUUCCGGGGAAGGAAACAUCCUGGAAAAUGAGACGGCUAUCGUCACCUUAAAUCAGUCAAAAGUGACCAGUGACGACAUUAAGGCGAAGCAGGCAGUCGCGGAAAAGACGGAGAUCGAGAUCGACAACGCAUGAGUCAGUGUCCAUGUUGCACUUCAGCUUGAAUCGGUGUCCCCACUCGACGUCGUCUACCGCGGCGAUGGCGUGCCGGUGGUUUAUGCGUGUUCUCUUCCACGCAUCCCACAGCGAGUCCUCAAAUUGAGUUGUCUCUCAACACGCGAGAUCCUGUCACUUCUACACUACCUCCACCACGCCAUCGACGUGAAGCCUGUGGCGAGCGGACGACAAAGUACUCACCCUCAUUCAACACAGGUGCGCAAGGGCUACACGUCCGUCGCCUACUCGACACAAGUCUUGUUUUUCUGCAUCGCGUGCUUGGAGAACAUUGAGCCCGUCUACUCUUACUCUUUAGUUUGGUUUAUCAACCUCUUCGUCGCGUCCAUCAAGAACUCAGAAACGGCUUCUGAUGUUCCCACAAGACUAGAUAAUUUGUACAACCACUUCAUUUAUUCGUUAUAUAAAAAUAUCUGCCGAAGCUUACUGGAGAAAGACAAAUUAUUGUUCUCCUUUGUGCUCACGAUUAGGAUCCUACAGGGGAAGAAUGAACUUGAUGACGCCGAGUGGCUAUUUUUCUUGACCGGUGGGGUGUCGCUAGACAACCCUCAUAAAAAUCCAGCCCAGGACUGGCUCGCUCCUAAAUUGUGGAAUGAGAUCUGCUUGUUGGACGCCAUUCCGGCGUUCAGAGGUCUCCGGGAACACGUGGAUCGCUGUCCCCACCAGUGGCGAACUUUGUACGAUAGCACGGACCCUCAGGAAGAACCGCUACCGGACACGUGGGACAAGCUGACCGGCCUGAAGAGGUUGUGCGUCUUGCGUUGCGUCCGGCCGGACAAAGUUGUGUUGGGCGUGCAGAAGUUCGUCAUCAGCGAGAUGGGCGAAAAGUUCGUGCGGCCGCCGCCGUUCGACCUGCAGGCUUGUUAUGAUGAAUCGUCGUGCAUCCAGCCUUUGGUGUUCGUGCUAGCUCCGGGGAGCGAUCCGAUGGCGUCUGUGUUGGAAGCAGCGGAAGCGAUUGGGCGGGAGGUGGAGCCGAUCUCAUUGGGUCAAGGUCAAGGUCCCGUCGCGGAAGCACUCAUUGCAAGAGCGUGCAAAGUUCACGGCGACGGCUCUUGGGUCGUGCUGCAGAACUGUUCGUGGCGGCGUCCUUCGCUGCACCUUCAACCGGAGGCGGCGCGUCGAUCGGCCGGAAGCUGGGACGACUCCCCGGACGCCAUCGCCGCGACGCCUUCGAUGACGAGUGUUCACCGGUUCCUACACAACAGGUCACCUCGCCGAGUCGUUCAUGCCCCGCUUCGAGGAGAUUUGUGAUAAACUGGGCGACCCACGGCCCCACGAGAAUUUUAGAUUGUGGUGCACGACAUGUCCGUCCCCGAUAUUCCCCACUGCAGUUUUACAAAACAGCAUCAAGAUGGCUAUUGAACCGCCGAAAGGGCUCCGAGCGAACUUGGUCGGCAGCUACUCGUCCGCGCCGCUCGCGAACGAUGGUUAUUUAGAAUCGAACGCGAAGCCCGAAAAGUUCCGGAAGUUGUGCUACUCGUUGUGUAUCUUCCACGCUGUACUCCAGGAGCGCCGCCUGUACGGUCCGCUGGGCUGGAACAUCCCCUACGGCUUCAACGAGUCGGACAUGCUAAUAUCAUUACAACAGUUAUUUGCGUUUCUAGAAGAAAACGAGGAAACACCAUUCAAAGCACUGAAGUACUGUAUUGGGGAGUGCAAUUAUGGGGGCCGCGUAACGGACGGCAAGGAUCGAAUAACGCUAAAUAGCAUUAUGGAAAGGUUCUUCAACGAGGAGGUGCUGGAGACAGGCUACAAGAUGUCCCAGAGUGGCACGUAUUCCAGUCCGGGUGUAGAAACAAGGGAGGAGUUCCUCGAAGUCAUCGAGGGCUUGCCUUUAGUUGCUCCCCCAGAAAUCUUCGGCUUCCACGAGAACGCGAACAUCACAAAGGACACGAAGGAGACGAACGCCAUGUUCGCUACCUGUUUACUGUGUGAAGGCGGGGGAGGGGGAGCCAGUUCCGGCGAUAAAGAUGCUACUAUUGCAGCGACUGCGGGUGAUAUUAAAGAAAAAUUACCUGCUGCAUAUGACAUGGAGCAGGCGGCGAUCUCGUAUCCCGUGUUGUGGGAGCAGUCCAUGAACACGGUCCUGUGCCAGGAGUUGGCACGGUUCAACAACCUCACAAACGCGAUGAAAAAAUCACUAGUGGAGGUGGAGAAAGCGGUGCGUGGCAUCGUCGUCAUGAGCGGACCCCUGGAAGCGCUCGGGGACUCUUUAGUGUACGGCGCGAUUCCGCUGAUGUGGAAGGUGUGUUGUCCGCGUCCGGUCCUCUCCCGUCGUUUUCGACCCCCACGCCAUCGCCGCGACGCAACCCCCAAUCGCACACAGGCCAAGUCGUACCCCUCGUUCAAGCCGCUCGCCGGCUACGUGACAGAUCUCCUAGAGAGAUUGAACUUCUUACGAGAAUGGCUGGAAGAGAAGCCGCCAGCCACCUACUGGAUCUCGGCGUUCUUCUUCCAGCACGCCUUCAUGACGGCGAGUAAGCAGAACUACUCGCGGGCGGAGACGAUCCCGAUCGACGCGAUUGGGCUGCAAUUCGAGAUGCUGCAGGCGUCGUCCUAUGCAAAGCCGCCCGCGCUCGGCGUCUAUGUGUACGGCUUCUUCUUCGAGGGCGCGCGCUGGGACAAGGAGCAGAAGAAGAUCCUCGAGUCCGACCCGAAGGUGUUAUUCACGACUGCUCCUCUCAUGUGGUUCCAACCCAAAAGGACGGUCCAAAUAAGGCACCCGCCGUCCUACCUCUGCCCGGUCUACAAGACGGGCGACCGGCGGGGCAUCUUGGCUACCACAGGACAUAGUACGAAUUUUAUCCUCGACAUCUAUGUGCCGAGCGAUGUGCCCGAGGCGCACUGGGUGCAGCGCGGGGUGGCGAUGCUGUCGCAGCUGGAUGACUAAGUAGAGAGUGACGUGGCCUCCCCCGAGUAGAAAUACCCCCCCCCCCGGCAGCGCUCGCACGCGAGC